UUCUUUUUACAUAAAAUAAUGUAUUUGCGAAAUAUUUAUAAAUUCAUACUGAAAUUUUAAAUGUCUGUUAAAGAAAUUUGGGCUUAACGAAAGUCUAGUCCACCGUAUAGUAUCUUCUGCUUCGGCGCACAUACAUUGGUACUCUUUAAGUUAGGGUUUUCAGCUGUUCAUUGUUUCAAUUGCUCGUAAGUUUGUUAAUUAAUCUUCCAACAAUGAAGAAAAACGAUCGUGAAUGCAAUAAUAAUCACGAAGAGAAGAAGAAACGAAUGAUAAUGAUGAAGAAUAAGAAGAGGAACAUUUCGAGGUUAGGUGGAAGUGGCCUUUCGCUUGAUGUUUUCGCUAAUGCCAAAUCUAACAACAGUCGAUACAAUCCUGCUCUUAUAAAGAAGCAAAAAGAGUUCAACAAGAAUGCUAAGCAUGUGCAGAAGUUUAAGAAGUUGCUAAAGCAGCAAAACCAGCAGAAUGAACCCUCUGUGGCCCAGAGACAUAUUGAGAGUUUGAAUGAAACUGAAGGGGACAAGGACAAUAAUGAGAGGAGGAAGAGGAAGAAGGACAGUGCUUUUAGUUUGGAAGAAUUAUACAAGAAGACACAUGAAGAAAAAGAGAAAGAACGAAUGGAGAGAGAAGCAAUUUUCAAGGAGAAGAAGGAACAGAGAGAAAAAGCCGAAGCUCGCAGAAAAGGUAUACGCGAAAAAAUGCUUAAGAAGACACGAAAAGGACAGCCUGUUAUGAAAUACAGAAUUGAACAUCUUUUGGAGACUAUUCAAGGCUCAACUAAAAAUGCAGCUGGCAACAAUUCCUGACUACUGGAGUAGGGAAGGGAACAUCAACAUCCCUUGAACUUUAUCAGCAUGAUACUGUCUUUUGCUGAGUUACUGUCCUCAUUGGUGUCGGGGUUGUAUCAAAUUUUGUACCUAAAUUGAUAUCAUUAAUUGUUGUAAUCGCCAUAGACAGUGUAACUGUGUAUAAGGCUUUUGCGCUAUAUAGGAACGGUUCAAUAUCGAGGUCAAUGUUGUAACUUUUUGUUGUUAAUUACUAGUCGUACUGUACUAUUCAAUAUAAACAACCUCCAAAGAGAUAAGAAAGGUAUGAUGAUAGUUGCAUGGAAGUUUUCUUACUU